AUGCUCCUCCUGUCACUGCUGUUGCCAUUUGCGGCGGCUGCGGCUCCACCAGCUGACUAUGUCAAUACGGCCAUUUCCCGGACUGUCGAGCUCGGAGGCGCCAUUGCUCGAGUCUCAACGCAGUUUAGUGUCAAGGCAUUGGUAGACUCGCCAGGAGCGUAUCAUUUGGCUCUGGCGGGAGAGGGAGAUGCUGUCCCAGCUUUCUGGGAGGUGACAGCGGGAGGUAAAGUAUUGGACGUGACUCUGCCGACGUCAGACUGUAGUCCUUCGACAGUGCAGAUUGACCUCGGUCGAUUGAAGAAGGACGAGACCACCACGAUCGCUCUGCUGCAGCUUCUUGCUCACACCAUCGAGCCGCUGCCAAAAGUCAUCGAGCAAUCGGACCCUCAAUACCUUAGAUGGACUACGAACUCUACCUAUGUCGAUAGUUGGUACCUAACCGAUGUGGAGCGAAUUAAGAUCAGAUCACCCACCGCGAACAUCCUCUCGCAUGGAUCUGUUUCCAGCACUUAUGCUCGUGACAACACCGUCACCAAAGCUUCUUCGACCGUGACUCUUGGACCUUUUACCUCUCUGCCCGCCACAUUGGGAGGAGAUGUUCCUCGACAGCCUUUCAAUGUACAUUACGAAACGCGAGAGCCUGUUGUGGGUUUGAAGACACUCAAGAGAUCCGCCGAAGUCAGUCAUUGGGGGGGCAAUCUAAACAUUCAAGAUGAGAUGAAUCUCGUCAACAAUGGACCCAAACUCAAGGGUCACUUUAACCGAUUAGCACAUAUGCAGUCGCGAUUCCAUGCUGCCAGCCCCGCCCAGAUUUUCAAGGAGUUCUCGCUUCGUCUCCCGGCCAGUGCUCAUUCUGCUUACUACUACGACACCAUUGGCAACGUUUCAUGGUCGCAUUUCCGCCCUGGAACGAGUUCGAAGAGACCCAAGUCUCGAGCCGUUGACAGUGUCCUGGAGCUCAAGCCGAGAUAUCCUCUGCUCGGAGGAUGGAAUUACAGCUUCACCAUGGGUUACGAUAUGCCCCUUGAGGAUGUGCUUAAAAGCGAUGGCAGCAGAAAAGUCCUCGGUGUACCAUUCAUGACUAGCUGGCAGGACUUGUUGGUCGAAGAUGCCGAGAUGAACAUCAUUUUGCCAGAAGGAGCGACCAACAUUGAAGUGUUUGCUCCCUUCCCUGCUGACAUUUCCCGAUGGACACACAAGACAUACCUCGAUUCGACAGGUCGUCCCGCCAUAACUCUCCGCAAAUCUCUCUGUACGGAGAACCACGCACAGACAGUCUAUGUAACCUAUACCUAUUCAUCCGGGGCCCAACUACAAAAGCCCCUCACCGUGGCUGCCGUGAUUGGCGGACUUUUCAUCCUUGGCUUCGGGUUGCGCCGCGUAGACUACAGUCUGGAUAAAAAGACUGCGUAG